AUGUCUGUCGACAAGGCGAUCAAACUAACCCGAAGUAAUGACCAGUCGAUCACUGUCUCUUCUGGAACCGAUACUUUCACAAUUGCCUUCUUCGAAGUCCCCAGAGUGAGCGACAAUGCAGUACGUCGCUUUCAACGAGUUCGCAAGCCCCGGACAGACGUAAAUGAAACCAUAAAGAACUCUCCAGGGCCCCAUAACUUUCCCUUCACAAUAUAUGGUUCUCCAACAGAGGAUAAUGCCAAAGACAAGAAGAAGCAAAAGGAGGGAAGUAGAAGCCACUUCCUUGCCAUCAAAGAUGACAAGGCUUUUGCAAUUCGCAUGAUCGGAGACUGCAACGAGUCUGCUUUCAAGGUAAAGGUCAGAGUGGGUGGUGUGAAUGUCCUUCAGCACACCACGCAUGGGAGGAAGAGUCAGGACUACUUUGUCGUCUCUGGGCAGGAAUGGGUCUGGGGAAAGCAAGUCUGCUGGAAUACUGCACGUCAAUUUCGUGUUUUCCCUCGUGGAAGAGAGAAACUGUCGUUCCGAUACCAGCUCCGGAAGAACAACAUCAAGAAAGAAGUCGAGAUUGAAAUCACUUCACGGCGUCUAGAUCAACCAACAGGCUCGUGCAGUUAUUUGCCGCCGCCCCCUUCAGGUAUGACUUUGGACGGUCCGGGUUUGUCAGCCACGUAUAUUCCUGAACUUCCUUGCUACCACACGGGCCCGUCAACCCCCUACAACCAUGGCAUGGUACCACAUGCAUCACUACUAACAGCGUCACACGAACUGGAUUCCGAAGACUAUUUGGCUGACGAGGAUUUUUUAGAUUACAUACACGUGGGCGAACUGCACCACCGAACGUACCAUAGUUCGGGUCGUCGGCGAACGCCCCUAAUCCAUAUGUCUGGGCCGCCAUCUCCCGCGGACCCCACAGAUGUUGUCAUUCCUUUGUCCAGCAAUGAUAGUCCAAGUAGCUCACAACCACAACACAUCAGUCAAACUUCUACUUUCGAUGACACCGAUUCAUCCGACUCCAUGUCCGCCGGCUUUAGGCCGAGAUCAACAUGGCUAGAAAUGUUCGGAAACGGACCCAUCCCGCCUGAAGCACCCCUGCAUACCCCCACGGAGCCCGGCCACUACGAAUUAGUACUACGGCCACCAUCGCCAGUAGAAUCAUUGAAAUCAAAUCCAUCAUCACCAGUAGAGGUAGAUACAUUCAAAGAAGCAUCAGAACUGCCACCACUGGUAUCAGGAACACCAGUAUAUGAACAGGAAUCAGUCACAGUAGCAGCACCACAACCCGCCAGCGAUCAAGAAAGCAUCCACUCUGACCGCGAAGAGGACAUGAUCCCGCACCAAAUGGUUGUUGGAGCUGGCGGUCUGAUCGAGCAACUCGUCUACCUGGACAGACACCCCAAAUGGAUUGACGACGACACCGUGACACUCAAGUUCAAAAUCGUUGGCGACCCGCAACACCUGCCAAAACACCUGCAGAAUCUGGAAGAACCAGCAGAAACAGCUGUAGGAGGCAUACGUAUUCGUGGAACCGGACCUGGUGGAAACUACCGCGAGGUGCCGAACCCGCCUAGAAGAACCUUUCGAGCUCUCGCGCCGGUUGUUACGGACCCGGACGGGUUGAGGCGGGAUAUUAGGUCGCCUAUGGAGAUGGACCUGAGCGAUGAUGAAAAUGGGGAGUCGCCGGAAUCACCGAUAGACUCGGGGGAGGGGUCGAUGGGAGAGCGGGAUGAGGGCGGCAGAGAGACGGACGAUGGAGGAGAGGAAGGAGAUGCAAGAGGGUUCCGGGAGCUUGUGGAAGAGGCCCAAACUCAGCCACGGGGUUUCAAGAAUAAGAUACGUAUGAAGAAAAAGAUGCGUGAACAACGGAAGCGAGGUGGGGUGCGGAUCAUGGCUGAGAAGCGAGAGGAGCCAAAAAGUGAGCGGAGUUCGAGAUGGCGAAGGUUUGUUGAUGCGUUGAGGCGCGUUUUGACUUUGGCUCGGUAA